GCAUUAUUGCCAGCAUAUAUUAUUCAAACAGUUUCUUUUUUUCUUUUAAGUAGUUAAAGUAGAAAUAAACAAUAUUCAGUAGCUAUCUUUUAGACAAGGGCCAUAGCUAAAGGUUUAGUAAAAUUACUUGCUAAACCUUCAAAGGUUUAGCCUUUGAUUUUUCUAUGUAAAUUGAUGUUGAUCGAAGGUAGGGAUAAGCAUGUGGAUAUAACUUACUGUAUAUGCAGACAGCUAUGUUGAAAUAAGGCAUGAAGGAAGAGUGCUAGAAAGGAAAGGUGUGGUUGCUAUUGGUGUCCCACUAGUUACGAGAGAGUGGAUGCCCCCUGGAAAGCAUCAUUAUUCCUUGUGCCAACAUUUGAUGGUUUUUUACUGCUGGCUGCUAAAAUAAAAUAUUUACUGUAAACUCACUUGUUUAGUUUCCCUGAAACAAACUUCAUCAUAAAUACUAUACUCAAUCGUCCUUUACCUUUGAUUGCCUCUUCAGAGUUUAAUUAUGGCGGAAUCAUUUCUGGCCCUUGUUGCAGAACAGCUUUUGGAGAAGAUAGCCUCCCUGGCUGCCAAGGAAACUCUCUCCCUGGCUGCCAAAGAAAUUCUAUCACUAUGGAAUGUCAGUAGUGAUUUGAGAAGGUUUCAGGAAACCAUGACCUACAUCAAAGCUGUGCUGUUAGAUGCUGAAAAACGGCAGCAGCAGAAUGAGACGUUGCGCCUUAGUUUGGGGAAGCUUAGAAACGUCUUAUAUGAUGCUGAGGAUGUGCUUGAUGAUUUCAGGUGUGAAGCACUGCGAAAGGAGUUGAUAAAUCGUGGAAGCACCAAGGUACGAUUCCCUUCCAUCUUUAUUCCAUUUGCAUUCCCUUUAAGGAUGGAUCAUAAAAUCAAAAAGAUCAAUGAAAGGCUAGAUAUGAUUGCUAGUGAUUUCAAAAGAUUUAAUCUUGGAGCUGUAGAGCAAGUUGAGAACCGGCGCACUAGUCUCAGGGAUACCCAUUCCUUCGUGAUAACUUCUAACGUGAUUGGUCGAAAUCAAGAUAAAGAAAAUAUCAUAAAUCUUUUAAUCCAGUCAAGCGAGGGUCAAAAUAAUAUUCCCGUUAUCCCUAUAGUUGGAAUAGGAGGUUUGGGGAAAACUACGCUUGCUCAGUUGGUGUACAAUGAUGAAAGAAUCACUCGGUGUUUUCCAUUGCAAUUAUGGGUGUGUGUAUCAGACUUGUUUGAUGUUUCCAGGUUGCUUUGUGAGAUUAUUUACUGCUUAAGUCGUGAAAGGUGUGAUGGUUUACCAGUCAAUGCACUGUUCACUCUUCUGCAAAGUCUUAUAAAAGGUCAAAAAUUUUUACUUGUUUUAGAUGACGUGUGGAACGAAAAUCGUGUUAAAUGGUAUGAAUUGAAAGACAUGUUGGUGAAAUUGGAUGAUUUGCAUCAAAGUAAGAUCCUUGUAACCACACGGAGUUCAGAGGUCGCAUCAAUAGUGGGUACAGGUGCUCCUUAUGAAUUGAAAGGUCUUGAACAUCAAGAUUGUUUGUCUUUGUUUGCAAAAUGGGCAUUCAAGGAAGGAGACGAGGAGCUAUAUCCGAACCUUAUGAGGAUUGGUAAUGAAAUUGUGAAAAAAUGCAAAGGGGUUCCUCUGGCAGUGAGAACUCUGGGGAGCUUACUUUAUUCAAAAACUGGGCAACGUGACUGGGAAUUGAUAAGAGAUAACGACAUCUGGAAGCUUGACCAAAAGGAAGAUGGCAUCUUACCGGUCCUAAAAUUGAGUUAUAAUUAUUUGCCACAUCACUUGAAACGAUGUCUGGUCUUUUUGUCUUUAUUUCCAAAGGAUUCUGACUAUGACACUGAUUAUAUCAUCCAAUUCUGGAUGGCCAAUGGACUUCUUGAACGUCCCAACCAAAACGAAGACGAACGCAUCGAAGAUGUUGGGUUACAGUAUUUCAAGGACUUAUGGUCAAGGUGUUUUGUCCAAGAUGUCCAAGAUAGAAACUCAUUUUAUAUCUUCAAAAUGCAUGAUCUGAUACAUGAUCUCUUAUUAAAUGUUUCACAAGAAGAGUGCUUAACAGUAUAUCAACAAACCGUGAAUGCUUCUGAAAAUAUUCGGCAUUUGUCAUUUUCUGAUCAAAAUAUUCCAUUGAGAACUCCACUUUUUUUGAAGAAGUUGAAACGUGUGCGCUCAUUAGUAAUCCUACCUUCUCCAGGACACUGUAGGAUGGUUGAGAAAUCAUUUCUGAGUGCUUGCUUCUUGAAUUUUAAGUACCUACGGCUAUUUGAUCUGGAACAUACCUUUUUGGAGGUAUUACCAAAAUCCAUCUGCACCUUGAAGCAUUUACGGUAUCUUAACUUAACUAGGUGCAUGAGAUUGACUAGGCUUCCUAAGUCCAUCUAUAAGCUCCAGAGCUUGCUGACUUUGAGAUUAUUUGAUGUUCCAAAUUUGCAAGUGCGUGACAACUUGCAAAGAUUGAUCAAUCUCAGAUUUCUAGAGAUUACUGCGGCUGAUAUGCAGUUAAAGGAGAUUCGACCUGGGAGUUGGAGUUCACUUCAGUUCUUAUACUUUUACGAGUGUAAGACACUGGAAUGUUUGUUUGAAGGGAUGCAAUACCUCACAUCUCUUAGAAAUUUGAUUAUGAAGAAAUGUUAUAGACUCGUCUCACUGCCUCGAAGUCUGAAGUUCCUAGUCAAAUUGGAGGAAAUUGCAAUUAUUUCCUGCCCAAUGAUCAAUUUACGCAUGGAACCGGAAGGCAGAGAAGACCAAGACCUUCACUUGAGCCUUCAGAAGUUGAUAUUACGCGAUGCACCAAACUUGGAGGAUCUGCCUCAAUUGCUUCUUGAGGGAUCUGUUGGCUGUUUGCAGUUCAUUGAAAUCCAGCAUUGCCGCAACUUUGAGAUGCUACCAGAAUGGCUAAAAAACCUCAAUUCACUUCAAAGACUGGAGAUUCUUAAUUGUCCCAAAUUAUCCUCUCUUCCCGAUGGAGUAGACCAUCUCACUGCACUUAGACAACUGAAGAUCCAAAAAUGUCCUACAUUGUGUGAAAACUGUAAACCGGAAGCUGGCGCAGAUUGGUCCAAGAUAUCACACAUCCGGGAGGUUCAUAUUGAAGACCAAAAGAUUAUCAAGUCACCUUAGAGGUAGAUUAUGAACUGGAUGCUUUGAUGAAAAUAAAGAAGUAGCAGCUCUCAUUAUGGAAAAUUCAAGGAAGGCGUGUUGGGUAUGGAAGGCUGGCUGUAAGCUUUUUACUUUCUUUGAUUUACAGUCUUUUUGUUGUUUUUAACUUGCCUUCAAUUAAGGACUUUAUGGAAUAUUAUUGUUGUAAUAAAUGAAUGUGAUUUUAAUUUGUAUCAGAUGUAAUGUAAUUAACAGUGCUAUUCUGUAAGAUUUAUUGUGAUAUUAUGUACCAGACAUACUUAAUUAUGUGUUUGUUGUGUUAUGACUAGUUUGUUUUAAAUUGCUCUUAGUUUUUCUGUAUCCCAUUGUGGGCUUUUUCUUGGCUUGCUUCAGAUAUCAAGUCUCUUGGUUUGAUGUAACAUUUGUUGCCUUGAUGUUGCGUAUUGAUUGUAGUUCAUGUUCGUAACAUUGUUUGACCCCAUGUACCUAGAAUAUGUAUUUGUUUGCGUAAUCUACUUCAGCUAUUCAUUUCAGUGUUCUAUAUUCAGUUAUUGUUUCCUCGAGGUGAAUGAUAUUAUCUCAUUU